AUGCCUGCAAUGGGAACAAUUUUCUUCACAUUGAUAGUUGUUUUAUUGAUGGGUAUUCCUUGUAUGCAAUGUCGAAAGUAUGCUUGCGAUGAUUACUGCAGCAUUGCCGUAUCAUCAUCCAAAGAUGUUAGAAACCUAAAAAUAAAAAGCAGCCUGCCCUCAAUUCAUGUUCUAUUUUUAUCCUUGUUAGAUGUUUAUAAUAGAACACUUUUUCAACCUGAAGAUCAUACAGUAUUUGCUUGGGUUCGAUUAGAUUUUGGACCAUCAUUAAUGACUAUUCCGGUCGAUCUCUUCAUCCUAUCUUCAGUAUUACCUCUAUUUUUUGAAGAUAGCAUGAACGUGACAAUUGAUCAAUUUCCAAUGGGAUGCUAUCGCAAUAUAACCAAUAAAGCUCAACGUGAUCUAUGCACUUUUACCGCCCUUAAGCAGUUUGCUAAUAUCCAAUCAAGUUGUGUUGGCAAAACCUGCGGUACAAUAUGCAAACGAUUAAUUAAUAUCUCUACUCCACUCGAUGAUAUUACAUUUGCAUGCUGUCGAAUCCUUAGUAAUAAUGAAACCUGCGAUAUUCCUUAUAGCAUAUCACCAUUUCUAGUUGCCUUCCGUUAUGUGUCCAUUUUUUUGAGCGUUAUUUUUGCUGCUGGUGCCAUAAAAUGGUUUAUUCAUGAUAUACCCAAUGUUCAUUGGUGA